AUGGCACAAAAGAAAUAGGAUCUGGAGAACUUGAAAGAAUUAACUGAGGCUAGAUUAGAUAGAGCUUAGAAAUUAAUUAGUCUUACAGCAUCUGAAGCUGAGAGAUGGGCACGUACUGUGGAGGAAUUAGGAGUGGCCAUCAUCAAUUUAAUUGGUGAUGUCUUUUUGGCUGCAGCUUCCAUUUCAUACAAUGGACCUUUUACUGGGCCAUACAGAAAUGAAUUGAUUACUCGUUGGACUGAAAAGGUGAGAGAGGCAUAAAUUCCUGUAUCUGAGAAAUUCACACUGGUUGAGAUUGGAACAAUUCACAAAUUGCCAAGUGAUUCUGUAUCUUAAGAGAAUUCUAUUCUUGCCACUCAAGGUUACAGAUGGCCUUUGAUGAUUGAUCCACAAUAAUAAGCAAAUAAUUGGAUAAAGAGUUCAUUUUAAGAUCUUAAAUUGAAAGUAGUUAAAUUCUCGGAUCCAAAAUUUUAAUCUGACAUGAGAUUAUGUAUUACAAAUGGAUACCCUAUUUUAAUUUAAGAUAUUGAGGAGAAUUUGGAUCCUUCAAUUGAAACUAUAUUGUAGAAAUAAUACAAAGAAGCUGAUGGUCGUAUUCUGAUUAAGUUUGGUGAAGCAGAUAUAGAUUUUGAUAAGAAUUUCAAGAUGUUUAUAACAACAAAGAUUCCAAAUCCAAAAUAUUUACCUGAAGUAUUCAUUAAAGUUACAGUGAUUAAUUUCACAGUUACGUUUGAAGGUUUAGAAGAGUAAUUAUUGGCAGAUGUUGUGAGAUUAGAAAAGGAGGAGAUUGAAAUUCAAAAGGAUGAGAAUGUCAUGAAAUUAGCUUAAUAUCGAAAGAUGUUGAGUGAAUCUGAAUCAAUGAUCUUAAAACAAUUGGCUGAAGCAGAUCCAGAGAAGAUCUUAGAUAAUGUAGAUUUGAUUACCUCAUUGCAAUCUGCCAAGACCACAAGUGAAGAAAGCAAUAUCAAAAUUGAAGAAUCAGUCAUAUUAGAGAAAACUAUAGAGAGAGUGCGUAAUGAAUAUAGAUCAGUAGCAGUAAGAGGUUCAGUAUUGUAUUUCGUAAUCAAAGAUCUAAAUCUUAUUGAUCCUAUGUAUCAAUACUCGUUAUAAUACGUUUAAGUGAUGUUCAAUUUAGCUAUGAGAUAAGCAUAGUCAGCUGAAGAAUUAUAAUAAAGGUUAACUAAUUUGAUUGAUAGCAUAACAAGAGUAAUCUUCACUAACGUAUGCAGAGGAUUGUUUGAGUAGCAUAAGCUAAUUUAUUCAUUUUUGAUUGCAGCAUAAAUUAACAGAAAGGCCAAUAAAAUAUCAGAUGGUCUUUGGAGCUCAUUUUUGAGAGGAGCAGGAGUAAUUGAAAAGUCAAAAUUGCCAGUUAAUCCAGACAAAGUAUUAAUUGGAGAAUCAUCUUGGGAAUUAGCUGCAUUUUUAGACCUUAAUUUCGAAGUCUUUAAAGGUUUAUGCUAACACAUAUAGAAGAAUAUGGCUGCAUGGAAAACAUACAUAUAAGCAUCAGAUCCUUUGGUUGUGAAAUUAGAAGAACCUUAUCAAAGCAAAUUGGAUGAAUUUGAAAAAAUGAUGAUUAUUAAGAUUUUUAGAAGCGAAAAAAUAUUGUUUGCACUCUCAAGUUAUGUUGAAUAAAACAUUGGUAGAUUUUAUUUGGAAUCUCCAAACACAACAAUGGAAACAUUAUAUAAUGACUCUGAUGAUUACAACUCCUAUUAUAUUUGUACUAUCAUAAGGAGCAGACCCAACAUCUCAGAUAUUAAAAUUCGCAAAGGAAAGAAACUUUGA